AAGUAAUCCCUGGGCAGGCCAUGUAACCUCUUCAAGCCUCAGUUUCCUCAUCCUCAUCAGCAGUAAUACCCACCUCCCCACUGGUUGGGAAGUGAAUGAGAUAUUGACUGGGAAGUGUCGUGCGUAUCCGGCAAGUGAUUCGCUCCUUGCUGUUGCUGCUACCGUAACAGUGGCCCGGGGAACCACUGGGCACCAGGCAGCCUGAGGGCAGCCGCCUCCCGCUUGAGAUGUGAAGGAUGAGUAGGACUCCUGUGACUUCUGUACUCAGGAAAGGAAGACCCAGAGUACUGGCAGGAAGGCCGGGAAGUCAAGCACAGGGGUGCAGAGAAAGCUAGGGAAGUGUUCUAAAGCAUACACUAUAUGUGUAGAGCGUUUGAUGUUUCCCAGGACCCUUUUACAGCCACCCUCCCGCGACACCUGUGCUGUCCAGUAUAGGAGUCCUCACUUGAACAGCAGCGAUUUACAUUUUCCUAGUCUCUUCUGAUCUCUGGCCGGUGAAAUCACUUUAUACGUGGUCACGGCCGCAGGGUUUAUAUAAUUGUUUUCUUUUUUCAGCUCAUGUUAUUCUCCAAGACUUUAUGCUGGCCUGAUACGUGUUGUUUAUAUUUGCCAUUGUAGUGAAGGGGGACUGUGCCGGGAUGCGCCCUAAUCGGGUUAACUGCUUUACUGUUGGACAUUUUGGUUGCUUCCUGUUUUGCAGCAUAAUGAAUAGCAUUGCCAUGAACUUUUUUGUACCUGAAGCCUUUUUUCUUGGUUUGAAUUGUUUCCUUGCUGUAAAUUCUAGGAAGUGAGUUAUUCAGUCAAAGGAUAUAAUCACUUCUAUGGCUCUUGUUAUAGGUUGUCUUACUGCCAUUAAAAAAAAAAAAGAAUCCUAAAUGCAUUAUAGCUCAGAAUAGAGAUGAUUGUCAUUUGGCUCCUGAGAACAUCGAGUCCCCAGGAGGUCAAGAGAUGGGCCCAAAGUGUAGCUAAUUGCUGAUAGAGUCUGGCUUUUUGCCUCUGGUUUUUGCCUCCACCCCCAGGCCCCAUCUUUUUAUGAUAUUCCAAAUAUUCAUUAACAGUGUUGCUGUUAAGCAUAGUUCAUCUAAGUAUCGAUAAGUUCAAUAGGCUUGUUACAGCUUUGGGACCAAGGGCAUUUUUAAAAAUGUAUACUUUAUGAGCUGCCACUGUGAAGGAAUGUGAGCUUUUUCUUACACCUUGGUGUUCACGUGGUGGUGCCCUGGCAGAGCUGCGUGUUUCCUCCAGAGAAGCUGUUCUCGUGGCCACCCUGGAAUUCACUUCGGGGCCAGUUCAUGAGCCACCCCAAACAAGCUGCCUGGUGUCUGAGCGGCAUACCUUGUAUUUGACCAAAAAUGGUAUUCCUGAGCUCGAGGCCCCACCUGAUUCACCACACUUGGAUCCAGAUGAGGUUGGGUUCUUUCCAGAAGUCAAAUCCUUCCUGGGAGGAGGAAGAUCUGCCAGCUCUGAGGAUUUUUUUUUUUUUUUUUUUAAAGAGGGGCCUUGGGCUUUGAAGGCAGCUCCCAAAGAGAGAAGUGAUGGGAGAGUGGCCACCCUGUUGGCUCAGGCACGUGACCUUCCUGUGUGUGCAGGACAGUGUGAAUUUGCAUAGGUCCCACUCUGUUUACUGAGAAGGUGGUUUUGUCAUCCUUUAGUCACUCCCUGGCAUUGGGACAGUCGUGCAAAGCAGUGAUGCGGCAGAGCCAAAGUGGAGGAAGGUCUUAGAACCUUUUCUUCAGCCCGGAGCAGAACGUUUUCUUUAGCCCGGAGCUAUGCCACAGGAACACAGUGCAGGCCACUUUGGGUCAUUUUACAUUUUCUAGUAGCUACAUUUAAACAGUAAAAACAGGGGCACCUGGGUGGCUUAGUCCCCUAAAGUGUCCAAGUCUUGACUCUUGAUUUCCAUUCAGGUUUUCAUCUCAGGGUCAUGAGUUCAAGCCCCAUGCCAGGCUCCCUGCUGGGUGUGAAGCCUACUUAAAAAAGUAAAAAGAAAAAGAAGUUGGCUCUGGAGGGUGGUGAGUCAGAGGAGACCGACCGAAGGCAGCAGGCGGCUGAGGUCAUGGCCUCCGACCUGGACUUCUCACCCCCUGAGGUGCCCGAGCCUACUUUCCUGGAGAACCUGCUACGGUACGGACUCUUCUUGGGAGCCAUCUUCCAGCUCAUCUGUGUGCUGGCCAUCAUCGUACCUGUUCCCAAGUCCCACGAGGUGCUGGAAUUCUUCAGUGAAGAAGACCAUUUCUUCAUUGCCUGUAUGGUUAUUCUGAAAUGCUAUUCAUAGUAAAGGCUGGAUAAAUUA